ACAAUUAAAACAUAAAACUACAAUCUCGACAGAUUAUAGGACUAAAUUACCCAGCAUUCCCUGCGACUGACCGGAAAAGGAAAGUACGAGGAUUAUUUACAAAAUCUCAGCUGCAAUACAACAACAGAUGGAGGAUUUAUUUUAUCUGAUCUGCGGAUAAUCAGGGAAAAAAACAGGACAUAAUAAAAAAUAACUAGGGAAGAGACACGGCAUCAUGGUGGACAACCGCUCCGCCACGGCGUCGGUGAUCGCGUGCGUGCUGAGCGCUCUGGCCACGGUCUACCUGUCUGUGGCGGUGGGCACGCGCCACUGGUACCAGUACACGAGCCCGCAGGUGCGUCACGAGCACAACGCGACUGAGCUGCGCGCGCUGCACCAGGAGCUCAGAGACGGAGAGUUUGAUGAGAAAACAGCGAGCGACGCGCUUUUCCGCCUCAACGGCACCAUCGGCCUGUGGUGGAGGUGCGUGCGCGUGCCUGCUGACCGCAACCGCUGGUACCGCGAGCCAGAUCCUGAGAUGGACACAGAGUGUGUGAGCUUCACAUUGUCUCAACAGUUCACACCGAAGUACACAGAGCCCGGCAACCAUAACAGCGGAGAGGACGUGAUACGCACCUAUCUGUGGAGGUGCCAGUUUCUCCUGCCCCUUCUCUCUCUGUGUUUGGUGUUAGUGGGAGCGCUGGUGGGAUUCUGUGCGUGUUUGUGUCGUAGUUUCAGUCCCACACUGGGCAUCGGACUCCUCCACCUCCUUGCAGGUGUGUGUACUCUUGGCUGUGUGUGUUGUUUUCUGGCGGGUAUGGACCUGCUACACCGUGUCUCUGUUAUACCAGACCAGGUGGACGGCUCUCUUGGUUGGUCCCUUUAUCUCGCGCUCAUUUCCUCUCCGCUGUACAUGAUGGCUGCCGCGCUACUGGUGUGGGCCGCUCGCAGCCACAGCAAGAACUACUACCGCUUUACUGCCUACCGAGUGGCUUAGAGCACAAAUUUCAAAAGAUUACAGCCAGGUCUGUGUCCUAAAUCAGAUAAUAUACUAAGUAGAAUCAGACAGCAGUAUUACACCAAAAUACCGGACUUGAAAAUUAAUACAGUAUUAAAAGUACACCGUCACAGAGAAAACAAUAAAAAUACAGUAUGCAAUCCGAAUACUGUACUGAAUUAGCACGGGAAAUAAAUUGCUACCGUACAACCAAGCUAGACAAUAUAUCAGAAUCAUACAAAAUAGUAUGGCAAGAUGGCACACUGCCAUACUACUGCAUAAAAUAGUGUGAGGACAUUCUAUUGCACCCCAAAACCCCAUCUUUUUGCCAGGAUUAAAACAACACAUACUACAAUACUACUGUACUAAAUAAUAUUGCAUACUAAAGCAACUUAUUCUAUACAUGUACACAUGUUAUCAGUCUGUCAUAAAGAAUAAUAUGACAAGAUAAUACACCAUCAUUCUACUGUAUUAAAUAGUAUGGAUUACUAGUACACCACUAUACUAUUGUAAUAAAUAGUAUAGGGGAAGGUACAUCGUACAAUUAGGCUAAUAAUGUGAUAAAUAAAAUGGCAUGUCGUUAGACUAUUAGACUGCUAUUAUACUAUACUAAAUACUAUGGGACAAUAAUAAACAUACAUGCUGACAUAGUAAAUUACAGUAUAAUACACUCAACACAAACACACUGCACUGAUUAUGUAGUCCAGCUCAGGGUGUGUGUUAGAGCAGGAGGACGUGUGAGUAAUGCCGUGUACUAUUCUAACAUACUAUUAAGUGCAGUUGUAUGCAUAUUGUAACAUAGCCUAAGCUUUGUGCUUAAAACGACUUUUUUCCAUCUAGCUGAGAUUUACAGUGAACUAAUGCGCACCGAUAAUCCGAAACCUGCAGCUGGAGAAGAGAUAAAGAGAAGAGGCUGUAAAGGCUAGCUGAGUGUGUGAGAGCAGAAAAGUGCUGUGUGGACACUUGCAGGGCAACGACCCCAGCCGUAAGAUUCUUCAUCAUCUCCCUGACAGUUAAAUGCAGAAGCUAAAUUCUGCAGUGAGGUGCCAACAUUUAUGAUUUAAUCAAAGUAUUUAUGAUUUUUCAUACAUCGUUAUGGCAAUAGAGGAAGCAGCAGUAAACCUACGAUCAAAACAAACAUGAAAAGAAUUAAUCUGAUUUACUAAAAGGUAAAUACAUUAUAUAAAUAUUUAUCUACAUUAAAUUUAACCUGUGUUAAGUGUAACAAGGGCACAAAGGCAUAACGACAAAGACAAAGGCACUUUAAUAUUUCAUGCUUUUCCUGCAUGGCUUUGUUCUGAUGUGACAAAAUUUGUGUGUGUGUGUGGGGGGGGGAGAAUUCACUGGAGUGUUUCUCACAAACUGUGAAGAGUUUAAAGGCACAAUUUAAUGAAGAAGCACAGAGAGCACUUUUCACCGAUACAGAGUCAGACAUCUAAUCAGGAAACUUUUUCUAGAGUCGACCCGAACCUAGCAGUGUUGGGUCAUUUCGUCACCAUGACAUUUACACCACCAGUGUGGAGGAAAAUUUAUUAACGCGUCUCUGCUUGCAAAGUUAACAAGUGACACAUCCUUCAGUAACUAUGUAAAAAAUGCAUUUUGUUUACUCAAAGAAACUGAUUUGGUUUGAGAAUGACUGUAGCUAGUUAACUAGCUAAUGAAUGUCAUGUGUCAUGUCUUCAUCAAUCACACAUCUGGUGGCUUAAUGGUUCUGGUUCAUUCCUUGGCUCUGUGUUGGUGGCAAAAGUAAGCUAGGAAAUAAAUCAGGUAUGGAUUCAGGCACAACAUCCUUUAAUUUACAUAUUAUUAUUCCAAUGUACAGUAUAACUUUAGCCUAAUUUCUUUGUAUGUUGUUUUUUUUUUUGUAGUAAUAUUAAGUGUGUUAAGUAUGUUACAGUCUUCAUUAGACCUGAUCAUACAUAAGCAUUAACCUUUAAAAAUGUUAUUUAUUCUAAAUUAUUUAACUAGUACUGCUUCAUUUGAUUCAUUCCUUUUAACCUAUUUCAUUAUUUAGUUAUAAAUGAUUUAUUUAUUUAUUUAUUUUAAACAUUGUGUUGCUUAUAUGUGGAUGUGUAGUUUUGUAAACACCAAAUCAUCAUAUAGUAAUUAACAUGAACAAUGAAUCUAAACUAAUUUAUAUUGUGUAUGUGAUGAUCCAGCAUUGUGAAUGUAUGGCGUUGAUAUGCAAAGCAAUGACCUUCCCUUUGUAAGCUUUUCUCCUGAGGUUCUGAUUCAUUAAUCUGUUGGAUCUGUUCUAUAGUUAUUGCAUUUUUCAUGUUAUUGAACCUGAAUUUGUUAAUGACUGAUCAAGUUGUAACCUUUAACUUCAAUAA